UUAACUGUCAAACUCGCAGGCUACAUGUCAGUUGACGGGACAGGCUCGGACCAAAAACCAACGCACGGGCAGUUGAAAAAUCCGACAGACCAAGGCAGUGCACAGAAAUGUCUUUUAUAUUUGACUGGAUCUACAAGAGCUUCAGCAGUGUCUUGCAGCUUUUAGGGUUGUACAAGAAGAGCGGCAAGCUAGUGUUCCUUGGCCUAGACAAUGCUGGAAAAACAACACUCCUGCACAUGCUCCGAGACGACAGGCUAGGACAGCACGUGCCGACGCUACAUCCAACGUCCGAGGAGCUGACCAUAGCUGGGAUGACCUUUACAACGUUUGACCUCGGGGGUCAUACGCAAGCACGACGGAUCUGGAAGAACUACCUCCCGGCCAUAAACGGUAUAGUGUACCUGGUGGAUUGUGCUGAUCAUGAGCGACUAGCAGAGGCUAAAGUCGAACUGGAUGCUCUGCUGACAGAUGAAACCAUCUCGAACGUCCCUGUCCUCAUCCUGGGGAAUAAGAUCGACCGUCCAGAGGCCAUCAGUGAGGAUGCACUCAGAGGGAUGUUUGGUCUUCAUGGACACACGACAGGAAAGGGCAAAGUGUCACUGAAGGAGCUGAAUUUAAGGCCAAUGGAAGUUUUCAUGUGCAGCGUGCUGAAGAGACAAGGAUACGGAGAUGGUUUCCGCUGGCUCUCCCAAUACAUUGACUGAUCCACGUCCUUUUAAUAACCUUAUUUACCAUGCUACCUGCGCACACAAAGACAUGUUCCACACAAAACUACCUGCCGUAGAGAGUUAUAUUGAGUAAUAUAACUUAUUUAGGACUUUGACUAUGCCAGUAGGACGCAUUACAAUAGUGUUUUGUGAUAAUAUACACUGUAUUCUUCAUAUCAAUCAUGCCACAGUUCAAGAUUAAGUUAUGAAUCAUCAGUCUGCACUGUUCAGAUUGAGUGUGGAGAAUAAUCUUCAUGGUGUGGUUUCUCCCUUCACUUAAAGCCUGUAGAGAGUUCUGUCUGCCAUAUAGAACAUGUCAUCGCUGUGAACCAGUUUCUGACCCGAGUUUAUUUUUAGCUGCCGGUGUAGACUUACAGUGAAGGUCAAUUUGGUUAACAUUUUGUGCUUGGAGUUACUCCUUCUUGAUUGAGAAUGAAUAUUAUAAUUAUAUCUUUAUAUUCAUCUUUCAUACUAAUGGGAAUCUUGAAGUACCAUAAUAUUUUUCCAAGAAGAGCACAGUUUUUCUGGAACGUGCUGCAGAGAUUUGGUGCCAUAUUUGUUAAUACAGUAGGCAUUGCAUGUUAUUUUUUUAAUCAAUGAGGGGGUUAACCACUACAGGCUAAUUAUAUGAAUGUGACCACAAGUGCAUUAACUGAAAUUUUGCUGUGAGGAGCUUUAUAUAAUAGCACAGAACUUUGUUAAAUAAAUUGCAGUGUAUGUGAACUGCAUCAGCACAGCCAGGUGAUGUAAAGAAAAACCUCAUACGUGGAUGCCAAACUACCUGUUUUCAUGAUGGUUGAUUGCUGUGAAUCAACUCGAGUACUUUGUGAUUAGUGUCUGCUCCCAACACGCAGAGAUAUUAUGAGAGUACUUGGGUGGUGCUUAAAAAUAGGGCACGCAAAAGAUAUGCAUGAAAUUACCUCUUAGUGCAAUAUUAUACAUUAUUUUGUAUAUAAGCUCUUAUUUAUAUUUUGCAAUAAAAAUUCAGCUCACCUAAUGUUACACUGAGCCUUGAGCCCUGAAGUAUCUGUUACAAAAGGUUGGUCAUAUUGUUAUUAAACGUGUGAAGUUUGAGCAUAAUAAAUAUUUUUGACAAUCCUUUAAA